UGGAAGACUUGCAGUGAUGGCAAUCUUUCUGCUCUGUAUCAUCUUUUUGGUCUCUGCUUCUCACUACAACUGGGCUGAGCAACAACGCAAUGACAGGAUGACCUGGCUGAAAUGGGGGGAUUCCUUGACCAUCCAAUGCUCCACCACUAAAGACAACUACGAUGGGCUAUAUUUACUCUGGGGCCUUGAUGAAAAGACAGAGGUAUUCUUCCUGUUCAAGGAAGACAAGAAACUGACACUUGGGAUGAAAUACAGUAGCAGAGUGAAGACAGAAGGAGAGGUGAACAAACUCACCAUCACCAUCGCCAAUAUGACUGAGGACGACUCUGGUGUUUACUGGUGCAAGUACAGAUACUUAAAUGAGGAAACAGGCAAUACAGACAGGGCUAAAGGCAAUGGUUCCAGGCUGGUUGUGGUGCGUGGUGCGUAUAAGCCAUGCCCUGAUGGUGAUGGGACACCAGCGAUGACUCCCACCCUGGUGACAGUCACUGCAAUCUCUGCUGGCUCUGUGUUCCUGCUGUGUGUGGUCAUUAUUUUCAUCUGGGUGGUCCCCAGGGUGAAGAAAUCGUCUGCAAAGAAGAGACGUGUGCAGCCCAGGCGUAACGACUCAGUUUAUGAGGAUAUGCGCAGGACCCAAAACUCUUACUGA